AUGAGGGCACAGGCCGACAUCGACAACGGCCUUUCGCGAAUCCUCGAGUUGCUGGCCGCCUACGUGGACGACGUGGCCGUGGCUUCUCAGCAGCUCUGGCCGAAGCUCGACGCCGCCAGGACGCCUCGGGGAGCACAUGCUGUCGAGACAGCUGGACGAGGCCGUGGCCCAGGCGCAGCGGCUGGAGGAGGACUUGGAGAAGAAGGAGAAGGACAUCAGGAAGUCAAGUCUCGGAUGCGCCAAAUGCGAGCCUUCUACACUUCCGACUUGGAGAACCAGCGGGAUCGCUUCCGGACCACGCUCCUCAAUUCUCUGCCUGAGCUGACGGAUAGUGCAAUGGCAGGGAUCAUGGACCACUUGGCCUCCGUGAACAUGUUCGAGACCCCAAGGACUUUGUAG